AUGGCUGAUCCAACCUCUGGAAUGAGCUGGGAGGAGAACUCGAACAACAACCUUCCCGCUGACCCCUCUGGAACAAGCUGGGAGGAGAACUCGAACAACAACCUUCUCGGCGGACAAGUCAGCAACAACAACACCUGGGCAAACGGGCCAUCAUCUGCUAAUGACGCCUGGGGCAAGCCUUCUGACCAAGAUGACACCGCUCAUGUCGAUGUCAGUUCUCUUCCAUCGAUUGAUCUCAAAACCCUUCCAACUUUAUUCAAAUCUCGCUUUGCCAUGGUGAAAGAUGCACAGAGCGCAUCUUUCACCAAGAAAGCAACACCCAAACCUUUCGAAAUCAGCAGUGCUGAGAUGCAAUCGGGUGAAAAGCCCCAGCAAAUGAGCUCCAGAAUUACUCAAAAGGGUUUCAAAGCCAAGCCACCUCGAGCAGAGAAACCUGGAAAGCCAGCAAAGGUCUGGGAACAAAAGGGACAAGAUAUCAAAGAGGAUGAAAUUGCUGCACUGUUCGAUGAAUCCAGUGGGCUUGCAGUUGAGACAGUCUUUGGCAUCGAAGCCUACGCAGCCGGUACUCCAUGGCCAUGCACGAUCAUCGACAUUCAGACGGGAGAACAGCUUCAUGGAGCCGACGCGGACGUGAGAAUCGCCUUCAUAUGCGACAAGCACAUCUCACACAUCCAAGUUGUUGUCGCUCGGCCGUCCAUAAAUUUCCCUGAAGUCGCUGACUACCGCGCUGUCCUCCGGUUCAGUGCUGACGCCGUCACCCAGCUGAACAUCGUCGAGAUCCAGCAUGAAGAGUUCCAGCAACAUAGUCCAGCCAAUCGCUGCUUCGCGCUCAUUAUCAACUAUGAACUCGGCGAAGUCAACUCUGAGUCUUUUCUCAUUCCCAAUGCUCCUCCGCAAAUUCAACGUCUCAAAGAUCAUAUGAGAGCAAAGCAGCCUUUGAUAUUCCACAUCUGCGGUUCGGUACAUACCCUCGAGAAUUAUGCCGCGCUACACCAACAACUCGCUGUUGAUCAAGCCAUCCAUCCUCUGACCAAGUGGAUCUGCCCCGGCAAAUCUAAGUUCGUGAUGCAGAAGGAGGAGUUCAUCCCAAAAGCGAAACGCCCAGAGAAUUGCAUCGUGGCGGCCAAAAAUUCAUACUUCAGCUACGAUGAACUCCUCGUGUCGCAAUGCAUUGGGGAUCUUCAAGAGCGAGAGUAUGUUCUUGACCAACUGACUACAUAUGAAGCAAAAUUGCACAACCUCUAUGUCUUCGAGCUGGUCAAGGGUGCUAAUCGUGCUUUUCUUGGCCUUCUGGAUGUCCCCGUCGAAGAUCAAAUCCGUCUUCAAGGCGGUGAUUCUUUGUACAUCUCCGAUCCUGCAAUCGAAGACGAAGAUUGUUGCCUCCAUGCGACUGUUGCUGAAGCCAUUCCUGGUCUUCCUUCUACUCUGGUCCCUCUUCAUGUCACAAACUAUUACGAUAGGGAGAACAAUACUUUCGGACAUCCAUCACUCAAAAUCACGCCCAUCCCGCUCUCAGCACAAGACUCCCUGGCUAAGAAUCUCAAAGCGCUUCGAGCCGCCCCCAGUAUGAAAGUCAAAAUCGUCUUCGACAAGGACGAACAGGUUUACAAGGACAAAGUCGUCGGUAUGAAUUUGCUACACGAAUGGUUCUCCCAACACAGCGAGCUUGCCAUUGCCUUUCAGCAAUUCAUUCUCGGAAACGACUAUGAAAAUAUUCCUUCCUUCAACAUCUUUGAACCUAUUCUUUCAGUCAUCCCCAAUCCCAAGGAGAUUAUGCACGCACUCAACGAAGGUCAAUCUCAAGCUAUCGAUUUCUGCAUGAACGCUCCUGCCGGCGCUCCGAUCAUCAAAGGUCCUCCAGGCACCGGAAAGACAUAUGUCGGCACCGAAAUUUCGCGCCCUUUCGUCAGAGCUGGCCUCGACGAGGUUCACGUUCUUGUGGCUUCCAAUGCUAAUAAACCUAUCGAUACCUUCGCUCUCCGUCUGCAUCAAAUGAUCAUGAGUGAAAACAAUCCCCAUGCAUAUCUCAUUCGCAUCUUCUCUUUCUCAACCGAAAAGGACAUCGCUACACGAAUCUCGAAGUUGGAAGCGAGGAAGGCUGGUAAGGCACGAAACCAUCGUCCUACACUUGUCGAAGAGCUUCAGCCGGAAGAGAGAGAGGCUUUUGAGUGUCUUCAAUUCUCCAUGGCUGCUUAUGAAAAUUACCAGCGUGAGCAUACCUACGAAGUCGAGCUCGUCCCAGAUGAACGCGUCUCGGAACGAUGUCUUCAACUUGCUACCGGCACUCGCAUGCUGCAAGUCAUCGGAAAGAUUCCAGCCGGCAAAGGUGAUCCCGCCCCACAACCGCAAGAAUUUCAUGAGUUCUCUUCCCUCUACCAACAGCUAUGCAAUGGGACCGAAUUGCAGAAAGAUACGAAAGCGGUAUUCAGAGCUCAACUCAAGAAACUCAUGAACCACGUCAUCUCCAACGCAACCAUCAUCUGCACGACUUCUUCUCUUGCCAUACAGAACAAGUACGCCAGCGCUUGUAAAGAGGUUAUCAAACUGGUCGUCCUCGAGGAAGCUGCUCGCAUUGAACAAUCUGAGGCUCUUUCCCUUCGUGCGAAUUACCCGCAUGCCGUCGGCUUCGUUCAGAUUGGUGACAUUCAGCAAUUGCGGACCUUUGUGGCAGCUCCAGCAGAGGCUGGAAAUUUCGUUUCUCAACUUACUCGAUCUCUCAUGUAUCGCUCAGUUGCAAGUGGCGCCCCUUCUGCCAUGCUCACUGUUCAGCAUCGAAUGGACCGUGACAUCUCUCGUUGUCCGAACGAGCUCUCAUACGAAGGCAAGCUCAUAGACCAUCAAUCUGUCAGCCAGCAGAGUCGUCCAUUCACCCAACAAGUUCGCAACUGGAAUAAGGAGAGAUUCGGCCGUGGAACGACCGCGGUCCUCAUCGAUAUCCAUGAAACUAUGACAGAAGAAUCCCCAACAAAGUCCCGAUACAACAAGACAUUUGUCAAAUACGGCAUCAACCUUGCAAAAGAUCUUGUCGACAAAUUUCCAACUAAGUCGGUCAGCAUCUUCGUUUAUUAUGGUGCACAAUACCUCCUCUACCUCGCUGCUCUGGAUCGAUUGAGGCUUGUCGACGAUAAAUACAGCAAGAUCUACGUUGACAAGGUCGAUAGAAUCCAAGGGUACGAAUGCGACUUUGUCAUCACUGAUAUGCCAGUUCGUGGAAAUGGAGGCUUCUUGAAAGAACUCAAUCGCCUCAACGUUGCUCAUACUCGUGCCAGAUAUGGCUUCUAUUACAUCAUUGACAGGUCCGCAGUCUUCAAGACCCGUUCCCCCCCUAUCAUGAGAGUUGUCAAAUCAUACAUUAAAUCCGGCAUUCGACAUUCAAUCACCAUGGCAGAGCAAUUGAUCAAACCCAUUGUAUCCCCAUACUUCGAAGAAAAUAUGGUCGACUUCAGCUCAGGACAGGCUAACCUCCCUGGAGGCGAUGGUUGGGACGAACAACCACGUGACUCCCGACCCCCUACUGCCCAAGAGCAAGAGGAAGCAGCUGCGAUUGAGAAAGAGACAAAUGAACACAUCAAAGCUGAAGAAGAGCAGGGUCAUACUGAAGAAGAGCAGGGUCAUACUGAAGAAGAGCAGGGUCAUACUGGAGAAGAGCAGGGUCAUACUGGAGAAGAGCAGGGUCAUACUGGAGAAGAGCAGGGUCAUACUGGAGAAGAGCAGGGUCAUACUGGAGAAGAGCAGGGUCAUACUGGAGAAGAGCAGGGUCGCCCUGAAGCAAUGGGCAACGACCUCAAUUCCUGGAUGAAUGCACCCGUUGAGAACCCAAAAUGGGCCUGGUAG